AUGGUUUCUCAUUCAGAUGCCGCCUCUGCAGAUUCUCCUUCCUCCUCCUCUCCUUCCCCGAUCGUGACCCCAACCUCCUUAUCCGACGCCAUAGUUGGGCCGCUUCGCACGGGGCUGGAACGGGUGCACAGGAAGAUGGAGUCUGCCGUCCAGUCGCAGCUAGGGCGGUGCGUUUUGGACCGAUGCAAGCUCGUGGUGCGCCUCGGGAAAUUGCUCUUCGCGCGUCCGUCUGGAUCGCGGGGGGAUUUCCUGCCCAGCCUCCCGCCCUUCACAGCGGGCGCAUUGGAGUCGAGCCUCAAUAGUCUGCCAGGCUGCUCCCAGCACGUGCAGCACUUGCCCAAAAAGGCCCAGCGGUCGCUGGAAACAGGCAUGCCAGAGUCGUUAUUCCAGGCCAUGGAAAGCAUUGUCAUGUGGAGGGUUGGCGCGAGCGCAUGCAUGAGAGAGACCUACCAUAUACGGGUUAUGGACACAGAACCGAAGGAGUCAGAGUAUAGGCUGAUAUGCAAGCCUAAUCCGGAUGGCUCAGGGGUUAUUCUCGUUAAGGAGGCCAUUCAAUCCGCGUUUGAGUGCAUAGCAUCGACAGCAAUCAUCGAAGAGAACUCAAAGGGCGGAUUGCACUGGCCUAUCACCCAAGACUUCCACGUCGGCAUGACGGAUGCGCUGUCGCACCGGUUCAGAGUGACAAGCGUGCGGCAUCAGAGGCGGCUGCGCGUGCAGUCAGGCGGGCAGGUGUGGAAGCUGUCGCGAGUGAAUGGGGUGGAUUAUGACUGUGGGGGAGGGCGCCUCACCAACGAAGCAGAGUUCUGCCUGGCAGCGUGGCGGGACGUCAUGAAGCCAAAACAGGAGGCUACUGACAGCACAGCCCCGUCUCCUCCUUCGUCCCUACCCAGCAAGCCACCACCUACAAGCUACUCAGCAGCAUCUUGUUUUGACUCGAGCUUGCAGCAGGCAGCACCACAGUGGACUCCAGACAGCAUUCUUCUAGAUUUUCCUUCUCUCAUAGACUGGCUCCAGCAACACUUGCUUUAG